CCACCGGCUCGAGUAAAACUUCCGAAGCGGCAUUCAGAAGAAACAAAAAAACGAACAUAGCUGAGAAACCGAAGAGAGACGCGGGAAACCAGCAAGAUGACGAGUUACAAGGAGGAGAAGGAAGGUUUCGUGUCCAAUGGAGGGGGUUGUUCAGGCUCGGAUAUCGUAGCCAUCUUGGCCAGUCUUUUGCUCACCCAUCUGCUCCAUCGAUCACUGAAUAAUAACCACGUCGAAAAGAGACCAGACGGAACCACUUUCCGAAGAAUGAUGACCGAGCUUACGAGCUUAGUGGUCCCCUUACUGGCGAUCACCACGAUCCUCAGCGAAUGGCUGUGGACGAGCAAUCUUUGUCUAGCUCUGGCUGCUCUGAUAGGGUCGCGGAUGAGGAGGGAGACUAGGAAGGAGGAGAGAAGAGGCCCUGGAGCGACGCCGAGUGCAAUUAUAUCGUCUAAUGACCAGUCAGAACAUCCACUUCUCACCGAGCAUCAUCCUCAUCAUACUCCGCUCGACGGGGACAGCCAAAAUACUAGCCUCAGACGCCGACUCAUCGAGUCUGAUCAUCAAGUCCUUCUCACCGGCUUCCCAGUCCCCGACCCAUCUUCCUCCUCCUCAACUCCCCAAAUCCCCGCCGUUCUUCGUUUCUCGCAUCAGCCCUUUCUCACUAUCUAUCGCGCCCAACUUGUCCUCCUCACUUCGAUCUCCAUCUUGGCCGUCGACUUCACUAUCUUCCCUCGUAAAUUCGCUAAGACUGAAUCUUGGGGUAUCUCUCUCAUGGAUUCAGGUGUUGGUUCAUUUGUGUUUUCAUUGGGCAUCAUCUCGGCCCUUCCGAUCCUCAAACGAGUCUCUUCCUCUCUCUGCUCCACAAACCUCCCUCAACAACCGAUCUUGAGCGAGCUUUGGAGAAGCACUCGCAAAACUGUUCCGCUGUUCCUGUUGGGUCUCAUCCGGAUCAUCUUCGUCAAAGGCGUCGAUUAUCCUGAACAUGUGACUGAAUACGGCGUCCAUUGGAACUUCUUCUUUACUUUAUCUAUCCUCCCUCUAACCGGAGUAUUAACCAAACGUUUCUACGAAAGAUUUCGGAUCAAUUUAGCCUUAAUUGGACUCUUACUAGCCAUAUGUCAUCAAUCUCUUCUCAGUGUAGUUGGGAUACAAGAGUAUGUGCUUUCAUCGCGAGAACGGACGAGUUUGAUCUCAGCGAACCGAGAAGGACUAGCGAGUAUUCCAGGAUACAUGGUGAUCUAUGUCCUCGGGCUUUCUGCAGGUACAUACAUCUUACCCCCUUCGCCGGACUUCUUGGAUCGAGUCCUUCGAGAUCGACAGAAUCGACCAGACAAGCUCGUCAGUCGGCAACCUGGAAAGGCGUUGGUGGUCUACUCUAGUUGGGCGAUCAUUUGGUGGAGCUUAUUCUUCCUUUGUAACCUCUUCGGCUUUCCUCCAUCGAGGAGACUUGCUAAUCCGACUUAUUGCUUUUGGAUCGCCGCACUUAAUCUCUCACUGAUCACCGGCCAUUCAUUCAUCCAUGACGUCCUCUUCCGCCCCGAUCAUCCAUCUUCCAAACCACUCGAGCGUUCCCAAAACUCAACAAAAAACAUCCCGUUGAUUUUCCAAUUCAUUAAUCAAAACAGUCUCGCUAUUUUCCUCUUCGCUAAUCUUCUCACAGGACUCAUCAAUCUUUCUGUUCAUUCUAUCUAUCUCGACCCUACUCUCGCUUUCUUUCUUUUGCUCUUGUAUUCUGUACUUAUCACCAUAUUCGCUUGGUCUAUCAAAUCGUUCAAGCUCUCUUUGUAAUCAAAAUCGAAACCCAUACUUCGAAUCGUCUUUUUCGUUAUCAAAGAAACACCAACCGAGAAAUUGAUUUUAUUUAUAGUCGACCAGCCUCUUAUAUACAAAUGCACUUUGUUUCACAUUCAUAAAUUGAUGCAAUCAUCCAUCUUUCUUUCCCUCCCUCAUCUCAAUCAGCCAAAAUCCAACCUCCUCUCCUCACAAUAAAC